AGUAACUCAUUUUAAAUGUUUGAUUUCAUAAGCCUUUGCAUAUGCUUUUUUAAAAAAAUAUUAUUUUUUUUUAUUCAGAUUUCCCACCUGGCAUUACUUCUAUCCUUUUCAUUAUGCGAAACAUUGGCGUCAUCAACUCAACAGUGUUCUCCAGUGAAAACCUGAACUCUGUCUCCAGUCUGACCAUAGCGAACAGCGGGGCCUCAGAAAUUCAACCCGGGGCUUUCAGACCAUUCAGCCAGCUCGCCAAACUGAGUUUGUACCAGAAUCACCUCACUGACGUCAACGCCUUAUGGCUCUCCAACCCACAGCUUCUGGAAAACCUAACCAUGUUCGCAAACAACGUUCAGAGAAUUGAACUUCACACCCUGUCCCGUUUCUGCAAUUUGGUGGCCCUUAAUUUAGCCAGAAAUAAAAUCAAGACCAUAGCUGAUGGCAGUUUUAAAGGACUUGGCAAGCUGUCUGUGCUUGACCUUGCUGGAAACAAACUGUCCUAUGCAAGCAGAGACACGUUUAGUGGACUAGAAUCAACCAAGAUGAAGCUAGGUGGGAAUCCAUGGGAUUGCUCGUGUGAACUGAAGAGCUUUGCAAUCUUUCUCAAAGAUUUGAUCAAUGCUUCUUUACUGCAAGACCCCAUGGAUGUUACCUGUAUAAAUCCACCGACACUCGAGGGCAGUCCAGUCUGGAACAUCUCCGAGUUUUACUGUCCUUCUCCAAGCCCGCCUGAGCCAUCAAAAGAAACAUUCAUUCAUGUUGGAGUUCCGAUUUUACUGGUGUUCCUUGUGGUUCUUCUAUCAGUCCUGCUCUUGGUCACUCUGCUCUACAAAAGAAAACAAGAAAAGAAGCAAGUAAAACCAGAGGAAGAAAGAGAAAAAGAUAAACAUCAAGCCAUGUCAAACACUGAAGAACAAAGCAAAAACCUGCAGAGAGGAAACAUGCUGCUGGUAAAACCUGGAGCAGGACGGCAGAAAUGUAAUGCAAAGGGUCGAGCAAAGUCAGCUUCUGCAGUCUUGCACCAGUCACGUUUUAUACAAGACACAGUUAAACCAGGGCCAAAUAAAAACGAAAACAUGAAAAAAGCAAACCUGAAACCUGCCGACGAAUCUGUAAGACAACUAGCUGAGAUCCAUAAGAGAACCGCUGGAGGAACUGAGUCGCCAUUCAAAAUAAAGGAUGCCAGUACUGACCAAACAGGCAGACACCAUUUAGAACAUUUGAAUAAGAAUAUGACUGUAGAAUGCAUAGGUUCUAUAGAUCAGCAUUUGGAAGGUCCAACUAGGACUGAAGAUAACCAGACUUAUGAAGACACUGACCAAAUGCCCUACCUAAGUAUUGAUACAAGAGCUGCUAAAGAAACCCCAGAGAUAAUUGCACAAAGCCAUCUUAUUUCCACAAACAGACCGAGGCUUGGUCAGACCAUCAAAAGGAUGUCAACGUGGCCACUGACCAAGACAGAGUGGAAAGAAGAAGACAAGGUAGAGUGGAAAAAUAACUAUUUUUUGAGGCCGGAAGAUGCAUCUAAAGCACGGAUUCAUCCAGAAAAUGUGGUGGGUUUCUCAGUAGGAGACAAGCCUUAUCAAAGAAGACGCCAAGAAGAAGCUGAUUCUAAGUUAUCUCCAAAGGAUGAUAUUGAUGGAAACCAAGAGACUGCUGUGGAGAAGCUGGAUUCAGCAACGGGAGAUAUGUAUCAGCAAUCCAUUGGAGAAUACGGGUUUAAAGGCAGCAGUCAGAAAAGAAGUGCAGACUCACAAAGAGAAGGAACCAUCAGGAAGAAGAAAACACAGAACAGCCAAAGAGGAUUGAACAGUGUGUUAGUGGAGGGUAAUGCACAGGGCAGUGGCACACACUCCUUCACAAAGGUAGAAAGGGCUCGUCACAGUGGCUCACCAGGGGAUGAAAACCUGCUGCAAAAUAACGAAUAUGCCUUCAUCGAUCUGCUUCAUGAAGUUGUUGUGAAUCAAGGCAGGUGGACGCGAGACAGAUGGAAGCAAACACACCAGAAGAGAGUGAUCAAUAAACCUUAGCAGCGACCACAGCAUAAUAUUAUAUCCUUGAUGUUCGUUGUACCACCUUCCAAAAAGAAACACCAAAAGACGCACCAAACUUGUGUAAUUGUCUCGGACAGCUCAUUCAUAUUGCAUCAUUACAAAGGAAACCUAUUGCCAAGUGAUAUUAUACAUGUAUAUAUCCUUGGAGGGUUUAGGUAGGGGUGGUCAAAGUUGGACCUUCCACUCCUGGUCUUUGUUCCAACCCUGUUCUAAAUUGUUUAAUUAAACAUCCAGCCAGACCCUAACAUAUUUGAUUGUCUAAUUUACCUGUUAAACCUGGAGUGGAAUAGCCCUCCAGGAGCAUGAUUGGACACCGCUGGUCAGUUUAUAUUUGUCUUGCAUAUUGUACAGUCUAUCAGUAUGGUGAAUAUAUAGAGGAUAGUCUCCUAAGCACAUCCAAUUGUUUUUUUAGCUACAGGCUCGCCAUAGUUUUGAACUGUUUUAUUUAUUUUUAAAGAUGUGUACAUAUUAGAGUAAGAUAUUUAGGGGAUUAUGAAUGUUGGUACCACCACUAACUAAACUGAAUUGGUUAAAGUACACUUUUAAAUAGAGCUAUACUCUAUUGUUAUUAUAUAUUUUUAAUCUUAUCUAAUGUAAUUCAGACAGUCUAACGAGAAACAAUUUAGGGAAUUCAACAAUAUUUUCCAUAUUUAAUGUAUUUAAUGGUAAUCAAUUUGAUCAAUUCAGACCUUAAUUGGAACUGUACAGCACCACUGACUAAUUGUCACUGCCCAAAUGUGCAAACUGUUGAUAGGGGAUAUAUGUAUUACUUUUAUGGUUGAUGUUUUUCUAUUUAAAUAAA